GACUAGUUCGUGCAGUAGCUGAUCUCAAGCUGAUAAGAAGCCUGGACUCCGGAGAUUGCGUGGUCAGUCCAGUAGGCUUUCAAUGCGGCUAGUCUCGUUUCCCAGUAGAACCUCCAUCUGGUCAUUGACCACUCUAUUCUGCCUGCUGGACGAUCCUCCUCUCAAAGAACCAGCAACGAAGCCGGAUACGCAGCUCUUUCGUUCAGCGUCGGCUGAGCUUCUGCCAGCGCAGCCGUUUGUGACCUCCUAGUCGCUUCUUCCAAUCUUCAGGGAACACAUUCUAAGUCAUGAGCGCGUUUAACUCCGGAUGGAGCGCCUGGGGCGGUGGCGGUCCGAGCGGGGCUAAGAAACGCCAAGACGGCGGCGGAGCGGGGCCGGGUCGCCAGGCACGGCAGUCGUCGAAUCGCGGGACGAUGUUCUUAAUCCGUUUCUUGAUCGUCGUGAUCCUGGUGCAAGCGCUGUACAUUGUGAAGCUUAAGGUGUCGCAGCAGCGCCGGCUUAUCCUGGAAGAGGGACGAGGCAAUAACGGGGAUGGCGGGAACACCCGCGCUGCUGAGGCUGCGGAUAGCGACAAGUUUCCGGGGAUUGAGGGAGGACAAGAGCACCCUAAAUCGUCGCAGGAGCAAUUAGGGAAGGACUCGAGUUUAGGUAUUGCAACGACUGCCGAUUCUGCCGAUUCUGUUGGUGCAGGAAAUCAAGCCGCGGCGAUAAGCACUCAGCCCGAUGGUACUACAGUGACUCCGGGUACCGAAACUGCUUCUAACGGGGACGAGAAGCAGUCGGUGGAGUUGCCGCGAGGUGACAAUGCAGUGGUGACUCUAGCGGGGGGGUCGGAAGGGGAGGGGAGCGGGGAGCAAGGAGCGGGCGAGUUGGGGGAGGAGAGUGAGAUGGACAGUAAAGACGAGGAGGAGGUGGGGUCCAGGCGAGAAGCAAGCGAGCGCGCAGCGGAAGCGGAGGCGGGCGCGCGGGCGGGAGCGGAAACAGACGCGGGGGAGCCGGAAGCGGGGGGGCGAGAUGGUUCUGGGGAGGCGGGUGUCACCAGCGCGGGGCAGCGCCAGGCGGAGGGGCAAGGGCAAGUGAGCGGCGCCCUGGCGCAGUUACGUGGGGGAGUUUCGGGGGGAAGUGGCGGGGGAGAUGCAGAAACGGGGGAAGCGGGGGCCGGGGAGGGAGCGAGUGACGCGGGGGUGGGGGUGGGGGGAGAGGGAGAGGGAGGGAGGAGGUGGGAGCCGUUGAGGGGGCCGGCAGAGGGCAUGUCGUGCCGUGCGUGGCUGGAGGAACAAGACGCAGUGGCUGUUGGGAGGGAUUUCGAGAGGCAGCCAGUCAGAGUGGCGGCCAACGAGGUCAAGCGUUGGGACUGCGACGUGCCGUGUGAGUUUGUGGGCGAGGGCGAUGACGUGGACGGCAGCCUGACAUAUGCAGUGCCCGGCAAGAUGGUGCUGCGCUCCAUGGAGGCGCGGUCCUACUACCCCAUCAACGACCCUGCUAUUGCCAGGAAGUCACAUAGCGUGGUGAUGACAGUGCACUACGACUCAGACGUGCCCGUGCAGUACGGGUCGUGGGAGGAAUAUGACAUCAUGCGGCCUCCCGUGCCCAAGACUGCCGAUGCCAUCGCUGCUGCGUUUAUCAGCAACUGCGCCGCCAACAACUUCAGGCUCAAGGCGGUGGAGGAGCUGCAGAAGUUCUUCACCGUGCACUCCUAUGGGCGCUGCCUCAACAACCGCCCGUACGAGCACGACAAGCUUGCUGUGAUCCAGCGCUACAAGUUCUCUUUGGCCUUUGAGAACUCCUGUGAGCCCGAUUACAUCACUGAGAAGUUCUGGCAGUCCCUCGUGGCCGGCUCUGUGCCGGUGGUCGUCGGCCCGCCUAACAUCGCUGAUUUCGUGCCGGACAACAACUCCUACCUGCAUAUACCGACUGAGGCGGACAUACCCCGGGUGGCGCAGCAGAUGCAGGCUCUCGCUUCCGACGACGAGGCUUACAACAAGAUGCUCGAGUGGAAGCGAUCCGGACCGUCGGAUCAGUUCAUCACCAACGUCGAUCUCUCGGCUGUGCACUCCUCCUGCCGCCUCUGUGUGCUGCUUGCUGACCGCAUCCGCACCCACGAGAUUGCUGUCUCCAGCAGGCCAAGGCCGUGCAGGUGCGAGAGCGUUUCAGAGUCCGGCAAGAAGCAGCUCACAUACCACCUCUAUGUGCGAGAGAGAGGCACGUACCAAUUUACCUCCGUCUUCCUCACGAAAGAUUCUCUUACCCUCCCGGGCCUCCGCCGAGCCAUUCGCCGAACCUUCAAGAAGAAGAGCUACAAGCCUGUUUGGGUCGGCAAGAGACCAGCCGUUUUGGCGUCGGAGAAGCGGAUCAAGGCAUUGAGGAUUUUCCACGUGUAUCCGGCGGGGUCCAACCAGAAGGAAGCCAUGUUUGGGAGUGCGUGGUUCCAGACCUCCGCGCAGUUUGCCAAGUUUUUGGACAGCCACCCUUGCCCGAGAUUAGAAGUGAUCUUUAUCUGAAAUCGUAAGGUUUUUAUUCCGUGGAAUAAUAUACAACUCGGGUGUUUUGUCCAACUCAUUUGGGCGGUGUGCUAAGAAGAAUGUGAGGAAUUUUAUUCCUUACCGGGUUGUACUGCAAUCACUUACACCCGAACUCUUGGAAGACGAGACUCGGUCCAAUUCCGAUGCAACCCCGAGGCUGGCUCGCGCCGCCUCUGGCCCUUUUGACCGCGCCUGUACCCAACCUAGCC